AUGAGGUUGCUUGCUGUCCAGUCUCCGACGAAUAAGGGCAAGAAAAUCGUGUGCUCCAGCGACGACGAGGAGGAGAUGCCUGCAGCAAAUCCUCCUCGCUCGCCUGCCAAAGACAUUGCAGGCCCAUCAAAGAAGGUUUGUGAGGCUGGGCGUGGUCGCUAUGCAUUGAUUCAUCAUUUUAUCGAGAUGGGAUUUUCUGGAGACUCCGUGAUGAAAGCCGUCGAGGAAAAUGGAGAAAGUGAUCCUAAUGCUAUACUGGAAACACUUCUUACGUAUGCGGCUAUAGAAAAAUCUCCUGCAAGGCUUCAUCGUCCCCCUGGUGAUGGAAACAGCUCGGGCCAUGAUCUAUCAGAUGAAGUUGACUUCAGUGACGAGGUCAACAACUUUGCUAGCCUCUUUGAUUUGAGACUGCAGCAGGAUGCUCAUUGCACACCAAUUGAUUCCACGGAGGAUGAUUCUGAAGAUAAGUUGAUAACCUUAGUGGAGAUGGGUUUUCCCAGCACCGAGGCAUCUGCUGCCAUCGAGAGAUGUGGUCCGAAUGCUUCCAUCUUGGAGCUGGCAGAUUCCAUACAUGCUGCCGAGGUAGCAAAGACGUUCGAGUGUGAUCCGGGGGAACCGUCUGGUGUCAACGAUGAGCCUGAAAGCCAUCAACAUAGUCGGGCAAGAGGCAAGAAGAGGAAGCAUGCAGAGAUACGAAGCAAAAAGAAGCGUUCUUUGACUGGAGAUCAAUCCUCGAUGAUCUCCACUUCUAAGCGAAUGGUUGGAUUUGGGCUUCCAAAUGAGGCGACGACUGCAACAUGCAGAAGACUCCUCCCGGAGGCAGCCGCAGGUCCUCCAUAUUUUUACUAUGAGAACGACGCAUCGGCACCAAAGGAAGUUUGGGCAACCAUCUCACACUUACUAUACGACGUCGAACCGGAAUUCGUGGACUCAAAGUACUUUUGUGCUGCCUCGAGGAAACGGGGGUACGUCCACAACCUCCCGAUCCAGAACAGAUUUCCUGUGAUGCCAAUGGCUCCGAAGACUAUCCCAGAAGCACUCCCGGCGACGACGAAGUGGUGGCCUUCUUGGGACACCAGGACGCACUUGAACUGCUUUCUGACCAGCACCGCAAGCGCGAGGCUAACUGAUAAGAUCAGGAUAGAGCUCCAAAAGUUUGGAGACCCACCACCUUCGAGGACCCAGCGGUAUGUCCUCGACGAAUGUCGAAGAUGGAAUCUGGUUUGGGUGGGGCGGCACAAAGUAGCUCCACUCGAACCGGGCGAGAUCGAAAUGCUUUUGGGAUUCCCCAAGGAUCACACGAGAGGGGGUGGCAUCACCACGACAGAGAGAUAUAGGUCUCUCGGGAACUCGUUUCAAGUAGAUACAGUGGCUUACCAUUUGUCAGUUCUGAAGGACAUGUUCCCGAAUGGUAUGACAGUUCUCUCGCUGUUUUCGGGUAUCGGAGGAGCCGAAGUCGCUCUCCAUCGCUUGGGAAUACAUCUGAAGACGGUCGUGUCGCUGGAAAAUUCACAGCAAAAUAGAAACAUACUCAAGAGUUGGUGGGAUGAGACCAACCAGACAGGGACGCUGAUUGAGCUUCCUGAUGUCCGGCAGCUCGAUCGCGAGAGACUGGAGCUGUUGAUCGCAAGAUUCGGGGGAUUUGAUCUGGUGAUCGGUGGAAGUCCUUGUCGUAACCUUGCCGGAAGCGACCGUCACCGUCGGGAUGGGCUCCAGGGUGAUAAUUCUUCUUCUCUGUUCUAUGAAUACUUCCGCAUCCUGGAACUUGUUAGAUGUAUUAUGGGGAAGAAGGUUUGA